UCUCUGUGUUACAACAUUUCCCACCAUGCACCAGGAGAGCGUUUUUCAACAGCAGAGAAACCGAUGUUGAAAGACCACUGCCGAAGAGGCAGUUGGACACAUGUGUAUUCGGAAGAUCCUCUCUCUGGAGACAGUUAUUCAUUGCAAAAUACAUGAAUACACCUGGACAAACAAUAAAGCCCCAUUGAAUAUGGGGCUUUAUUUACUAACACAUCUCCCAAAAGGCCUGUGAGUGUCUAAGUCACCCACCCGUCUUUUCGGAGGAUUCCUCGCCCUCGUCUACUGUACUGAUCCGCACCACUGCCAGGCAAUGACAUCGGCUACCGCAACUCCGCAGGAGAUGAGAGACCGGCUGAUGCAGGCCAUCGAUGGCCAAAGCAAUCAGAUCUGCAACAUGGUGGCUGUAAUGGAAGUAAUUUCCUAUUUGGAGAAAUAUCCCAUCACCAAGGAAGCACUUGAGGAAACCCGCCUUGGCAAGCUGAUCAACGACGUAAGGAAAAAGACGAAGGAUGAGGAUCUCGCCAAGCGCGCAAAGAAGCUCCUGCGCACAUGGCAGAAGCUAAUUGAGCCUGGGCAGAGUGAGGCACUAUCCAAGGGGCAUAUGGGUCCGCCAGGCGCUGCCAACGGUGGUAUGCAUCUCUGCCGGAUGGACGUCUCCCCUCCAGCUGCUAUCUCGCCUUCAGGUAAAAUGGUUCCGGAGCUCAAGAGUAGAAAUGACUUCAACAACCGUUACUCCCCCAAAGCGGAAAAGUCAGGCAACCGAAAACGGAAGGGGGAACAGAGGGACAGACAGCACAUACCAGUGAAAAUGUCCAAAAUAACCGCCUAUGAAAGAACACACAACUCACGACUGCCAACAAAUGGAAUUGGAGCCGGUCCUGAGGCUUUUACGGACACAUGUGGUACACAUCUUAAAUCAGACAAGGAUGGUGCUGAGCAUCUUGACAUCGACAGGCUCAACAAUAUCCCUGUCAAUGCUGUCAAACCUCACCCUAGCUCACCGGGAGUAGCCAAACCUCUGAGCACUUCCACAUUGCUCAAAACGGCUGUUUUGCAACAGCAUGGCAAAAUGGACCUGGCUGUCUCAGGAGGGGGGCUGCAUCAGCCCAAACACCCUCGAAGCAACUCAUAUAGUCCCAGAAGUACAAAACAGGAUGCGGUAGUUAAAAUGUCUAUGACCAAAUCAACGACUCUACUGAGCCCUGCUCGGAGCCCCAGGGUCAUGGACAGCUCUGGACUGGGGCCCUCUCCUUUGCAUUCUCCACACCUUUUAACUCCAUGUAUGCAGGGUUCCCUCACUGUUGGGCCUCUGACUACAGAGUCUGCCCUUCAUUGGGACGGACCGGCAGACGUGGACCAACGCCUUCAAAAAAGCACUCUGCACCACAAAGCCUCGUCCCACAGCGAGGUGAAGGCAGAGAGUGAUGGUUCUGUCACUAGCACAGAGAGAAAGAGGAGAAAGAAAUACAGGUCCAGAGACUAUACAGUGAACUUGGGUGGGCAGCCCACGGAAGAGACCACAAUGCCAUGUAGGUUAAAAGACCGUAGACUUACGUUUGACCCUGUAACAGGGCAGAUCAAACCCUCAACCCUCAAAGAGUCUGACCCGGAACGGGAGGCCACAGUGGCUCCGGUCACACCAGAACUUCCUCGGACAGAACUGCUCAAGCAGAACCAUUGUGCACAGAAUAGCCCUGUUACUCCCAGUCCGUUUCAACAGACCAACUGGAAAGAGCUGUCAAGGAAUGAAAUCAUCCAGUCCUACCUUAACCGUCAAAGCAAUGUGCUCACAUUGUCUGGGGCUCAAACCUCGGGGGCACACUUUUUCAUGUCUGAGUACUUGAAACAAGAGGGACAUCAUAUCGAAGAGGGCAGAAAAAAACACAUGCUGGUACCAAAUAUCCCUGAUACGGACUUACCAGGGGUGAGCCGAGCGGUCACAAACGAGGAUCUCAACAGAAUACACAAGGAGCACUGGCCUGGGGUGAAUGGUUGCUAUGACACUAAGGACAACUGGUAUGAAUGGACAGAUUGCAUUUCCUUAGACUCACAUGGGGAUGAUGGCAAGCUGAAUAUCCUGCCAUAUGUCUGCCUAGACUGAGUUUAAUGAGCUGUGGCUUCAAGAGGGAAAAAUGGCACCUUCCUUGGCUGAGUGCAAAAAGGCAAUUGUCAAUGGAAGAACCUACUCACUCCUUUGCAGAGGUGGUGUAAGAGAGGCCUUGUUAACUGUGCUGCUCCCAUAAAAAGCAAACGUUGAUCAGUGUUCGAUGGGAGAGAGCUCAGCUGAAGCAUCACUGAAGUUCUUUGAGUGGAAUGGGUCCAUACAUUGUCUGCCAAAUGCUAAGAGUUUAAGGUGCCCAGUAACUUCAAGUAUGGAACCUGUUUGGCAUGUACAUGCUGGCAAAGGGAAUGAAACGUGUGGUUAUAUCAUGUAUGCAUUUAUUUCUCAUUUUCUUUCAUUUUGUUAGUUACAUAAAAUAAAAUUAUACACUUCACUUAUUCAAUCAGUUCUGCUUGUCAGAUAAGGUAAAACUGUGUUCUGCAUAUUUUCUCACAAAAAUUGUUUGUAGUAGCAACAUUCCAUACCAUAAUACAACUAGAACGGUUCUUGCACCAACACUAACAUCUUAAUAUACAGGGAAACUCUGCAAAAUGACACAUUAUGGAAAUGUGAGUUAAUAGCAUUUUCUUUAGCUUUUCCUUUUUUCCUGUUUCUAGGUAGUAAAAUAUGAAUUCUAAUGGCAAAGCAGAUGAUGCUACAACAUUGCAACUAUGAGGAAAAACAGAAAAAUAAAAUGUUUAUGCUGGAAAUAUACUUGUUCCCAUUCCUUUAUAUUGUUUGCCUUAUGGAAAACAAUGUUUCCUCAAACGGAGCCUUAGUGAAUGUACAUAAAUUUGCCUUUUUGUGUUCAGGAAUGCAGAGGAGAACAUAUUUGCUACUUAAGUCCUUUUUAAAUGGACACGUUGAUACAGUAUGUGUUAAUAAAAAAUAAAAAAGCA